AUGGAAAAUCAUAAAAAUGUCACAGAGUUUGUCUUUAUGGGCCUUUGGGAAAACAGACAAAUAGAGCUGCUGUUCUUUCUCUUGUUCCUGCUUUGUUACCUGGCCGUCUUAAUGGGGAAUUCUGUCAUCCUACUCACCAUCACUUACAGCAACUUAAUCGAACAACCAAUGUACUACUUUCUCUGCCACCUUUCUCUCAUGGACCUCUGCUACACCUCGACCGUGGUGCCCAGGCUCAUCAGGGACUUGGCUGCAGCAAGAAAAAACAUUUCCUAUAAUGAAUGCAUGACCCAGCUCUUCACUGCCCACUUGCUGGCAGGUGUAGAAAUCUUCAUUCUGGUGUCCAUGGCCUUGGAUCGUUAUGUUGCCAUUGUCAAGCCUCUGCACUACAUGGCAAUCAUGAACAGGAAGAGAUGUGAUAUGUUGAUUGUUGUGGCCUGGGCAGUGGGGUUCUGGCACUCUAUUGCUUUACUUCUCAUGGUGCUCAGUCUGCCUUUCUGUGGUCCCAAUCAUAUUAAUCACUACUUGUGUGAUGUCAAGCCUCUUUUGAAGCUGGUGUGUAAAGAUAUUCAUGUUGUUAGUAUUUUAGUAAUUGCCAACUCUGGGAUGGUGGUAGUUGCCAUUUUCCUUGUACUGGUUGCUUCUUACAUACUCAUCCUGUAUAAUCUGAGAAGAAGAUCAGCUGCAGGGAGGCGCAAGGCUCUCUCAACCUGUAGUUCUCAUGUAAUGGUGGUAGUUUUAUUUUUUGUGCCCUGUAUUUAUACCUAUGUUCUACCUGCAGGGAGUGAGAAUAAGGAUAAGGAAAUUUCUGUGUUUUACACUGUGGUUGCCCCCAUGCUGAAUCCCCUCAUCUACACUCUGAGAAACACUGAGAUGAAAAGUGCUAUGCACAAGGUUUGGUCUCGAAUGUCACAUUCAGAGUUGAAAUAAAUGAAGCAUUC